AAGGCCGAGGUCGGGAGGCUCACCUACCCUGCUCUCUGCUUCCUUCUCUCCACCUCUUUUUCUGCACUUACAGCCCCCAUGGCCCCCAAAAAGCCAGAACCCAAGAAGGAAGAGCCUAAGCCGGCUCCAGCUCCAGCUCCUGAGCCUCAGGUCCCCAAGGAGGAAGUGUUUGAUGCCUCCAAGAUCCAGAUCGAGUUUACACCGGAUCAGAUUGAAGAGUUCAAGGAAGCCUUCAUGCUGUUUGACCGCACGCCCGGUGGCGAGAUGAAGAUCACGUAUGGACAGUGUGGGGACGUCCUGCGGGCCCUGGGCCAGAACCCCACACAGGCUGAAGUGCUCCGAGUCCUGGGGAAGCCAAAGCCGGAAGAGCUCAACACUAAGAUGAUGGACUUCAACACGUUCCUGCCCAUGCUCCAGCACAUUGCCAAGAGCAAGGACACGGGCACCUUCGAGGACUUCGUGGAGGGGCUGCGGGUCUUCGACAAGGAGGGCAACGGCACGGUCAUGGGCGCCGAGCUCCGCCAUGUCCUGGCCACACUGGGUGAGAGGCUGACGGAAGAAGAGGUGGACAAGCUGAUGGCCGGGCAAGAGGACCCCAACGGCUGCAUCAACUAUGAAGCGUUCGUGAAGCACAUCAUGGCCAGCUGAACCUCCCCCCGCAGGGAUCCCAGGGCGGCCACGCGGGGGAUAGUAGGGGACGCUGACGUCAGUGGCCCGGAGCGGCGGGAAGGAGGGGGCACAUCUGCAGCAGCUCCCUCCAUGCACCCCCAGACCCGUCUGUGUGGCUGUCACCUCCUGCACCCCUCCCCCACGCCGCGCAGGCUGCGUCCGCCUGUGCCUGCCUCUCUGCCCCUGAGCCAUGGGCCCUGUGAAUAAAUGCCUUCUCUCCUUC